GGGCGAACAGAGCGAUCGCAGAUACAGGAUCUCAUUGGAUGAUUGGGCUCAGAUUCUUUUCGCGUCCACGAAAUGUGCGAGAAUCUCUUCUCAGCUUGGACACCAAAUGCGGGUUCGAAGCCGGACGCUGCGCGAAUCGUACCGCAUGUACAAAAUGUACAUCUAAAUGUACGAUGAUUAAUACCCUGCAGUACAUGAUAUCUUGACUGAUCCAGAUCACUGCUGCUAUUUACUUUCGUAUUGCUCACACUCGGGGUUCUGCAACAAAACUCUGUGUAGCUACUACUGCUGAAGGCAUCUAGAGUGCCCUCAUCUUGUACUGGCAUUUUUCAACACCCGCCAUGUCGCCUCCACCUAGCUCCACGGUCUCAGGGACAGAUACAUCGCUCCGCGAGAAAGAGGCCGAUAUCGAGCAAAAGGCAGCGGACAAAGACUUGGGAAACUUGCCAACAGCUCCAGAGCCUGUCAACCCAUGGCACCCGUCCCAAUUUCCAGACGGCGGGAGAGAUGCCAAUCUAUGUCUACUCGGAGCCUUUUGCUGCCUCUUCUGUAGCUUCGGCUGGCUCAACUGCGUCGGCGUCUUCCAGAACUACUACGAAACUCACCAACUGCGCGAAAAGUCGUCUUCACAGAUCGCAUGGAUUUCGUCCCUAGAAAUCUUCGUCAUGUUCUUUCCUGGCCCCUUCGUCGGCUUCCUCUACGAUAACCAUGGCCCAAAAUAUCUGCUCGCGGUUGGAGCUUUCUUCCACGUUUUCGGUCUCAUGAUGACAAGUCUGUGCACUGAAUACUAUCAGUUCGUUCUGGCACAGGGUAUCUGCAGCCCAUUAGGGCUCAAUUGUAUCUUCAAUGCAGCCAUGAGCUCGCUUCCGUCGUGGUUCUCGAAGAAGCGAGGGCUCGCAUAUGGUGUGACCGCCGCCGGGUCGGGCUUAGGAGGGAUCAUCUUCCCGAUCAUGGCGUCGCAUCUCAUUCCACAAAUCGGAUAUGGAUGGACCAUGCGCACUUUUGCUUUCAUGAUCCUCGGUUUACUACUCAUCGCUUUCGCGACGGUCCGCUCACGGCUCCCACCAAAGAAACGCGAUUUCAAACUUCAUGUGUUCGUCGACCCUUUCAAAGACCUAAAAUUUACCAUGAUGGUUAUAUCCUCCUUUGUCUUCUUCUUCGGACUCUUUAUACCCAUCAACUUCAUCGAGAUUGAAGCUAUGGUAAACGGCAUGUCGGUGCGGCUUUCUGGCUACCUUCUAGCCAUGUUGAAUGCAGCAAGCAUCUUCGGACGCAUAAUCCCCGGUGCCCUGGCCGAUAAAUUCGGACCAUAUAACCUACAAGCCGUCAUGGCCUUCUUCACAGGAAUACUUUGCCUAGCAUUAGGCCUGCCCGCAUCUGGCAACGCGGCUUUCAUAGUCUUUGCCGUUCUCUAUGGAUUUGCUUCAGGUAGCUUUGUGUCCCUUGCGCCCGCACAGAUCGCAAGGAUCUCCAAUGUACAAGAGAUCGGGGUUCGCACUGGUGUUUUGUUCUCAUGCCUAAGUUUCGCAGGGCUUGUGGGCAACCCGAUCGCGGGAGCGCUUGUGGACGGCACUGGAUUCCAUAAAGUAAACAUUUUUGCGGGAGUGGUAAUGAUUGCGGGAGCGGCCUUGUUCGUUUUCACGAGGAUGGUAGUUACCGGCUGGAAGGUGAUGCAGAUCGCAUGAGGAAGGAGGCCGAGACGUGUGAACGCCUUUUUGAGCGAGCUACACCCGAGAGGUGCACUUGCUGGCACAUACUUGUAUUUGUACGCCUUUGAUAGGGAAGACUAGAAUAGGAAUAUAGAAUAAAUUCGUCACUAGCAU